GCGGGCGGCGGGAGCGCGCGCCGACGAAGCCCUCUUCUGCUGCUUCUGCUUCUGCUUCUGCUGCCACCGCCACCUCAUCCUGCUCUUUCCAACCCCUUCUUCUUCCUUUUCCCCCUUUGAAAGGAGAGAGUAGAGUCGCAUUGCAAGGAAGGAAUGGGGUGAAGGAAGAAAAGCAAAGAAGGAGGAGGUAGAGAAGAAGAAGGAGGAGGAAGAGGAGAGGAAGAGGAGACGGGACCCUUGGAGCCACCAUGGCCACUGACAUUACACCUGAAGCGAUUGGAUUCCUCUCUGCUGUUGGGGUCUUCAUUGUCCUCCUUGGAGUCCUCUUCCUUUUCAUCAACAAGAAGCUUUGCUUUGAGAAGAUUGGAGGUCUUCCCUGCUUGGAACAACCAGGAAAGCGCAGGCGCGACAAAGAGAAAUCUGGGGUGCGGGAAGGACUUGCUCACAAACCUCUAAAUCUGGCAUGCUGGCAAAGAUGAACAGCUGGAGUUUAUAACCAUCAGAUUUCUUGUUCAUGGUGUCUGUGUAAAAGCAUGGCUUCGCAGGAUGUUGUGAGCUUCUUCCAGCCUCUUUCCUCCUGGGUGUCGCAGUUCUUUGAGGCUCUCCAAGAAGCAGGUGACACCAUAUCUUCUUCAUUCUCCAGUUUGGGAAACAGAGCCAUUGAGGAAGGUGGGGAUGAAGACUUAGAAAACAGUGAGGGGUCUUAUGGACAUCAUUCCGACGGUUCAGACAAUGAAAGCACCUUCAGCCAGGACAGUGAAGAGUCUGAUCUCUUUCCAUCAUCCUGCCACGAUGAACUGGGGUCUUCUUCUGCUUCAAGCUUGGGUCCAUAUUGGUAUGAGGGGAAACGGAUCCAUCCCCAAGAAGAAUAUCUUGAUGAUGAUUCUCUGGCUUCCUAUGGAGCAUGCCAAAGCUACAAGGGUUACCAAGUUAUGGAAACACUUCCCACCAUCCCAGAGGAAGAGGAACAUCUCCUUUCCAAGCAGAGCAAAAACCUUCCACAGAUCAGGGAUGUGAAUAGCUAUGGGGAGGAUGAAGACCUAACAACAUCCUCAGACAGCGAUGAUGAAGUGAUCAAGCAGUUCGAGAUCUCUGUUUCACGUUCUCAAAGCUUUCGUUCAGGAGUUUCCGAGAAAGGAACCCAAGCAGGAUUGGAGCGGAGGCCAAAAUUUAACCGUUUGCUGUCCAAUCACGAAGAGUACAGUUCUGAGAUCUCUGAAUGUGAAGAUCUGGAUGGGUUCAGCCAACUGAGUUACCAAGACAACCUCUCUUAUCAUGAAGAUGACCGUCUAUCAUUCGAUUCAAGAACUGCAUCAGAAAGUAGAGGCUCAGGGCAAACGAAGGACCCCGAAAUGGAGGUUGGUGCAAAGCCGAGCCUCAGCCGCCAGGAAACUGAAGGGAGCUUAGAAAUGGAGACAGCUUUUAGCAAUCAAGGAUUUGAAGGGAAUGACGCUACUGACAGCUCCUCAGCAUGGACUCCAGAGGAACACGAAGGAGCAAAUGUGCUCCCAGCUCAUUCUAGCCCCCGUGAACCCAUUUCUAAGUGUGGAGACCUAGAUAUCAUCUUUGAUUAUAGACCUUCCACCCAGAAGCUGCUGGUGACUGUCCUGGAGGCGAAGGAUAUUCCUGACAAGGACCGAAGUGGAGUGAGCGCUUGGCAGGUCCAUGUGGUCCUGAUGCCCAGUAAGAAGCAAAGGGGAAAAACAAGUGUGCAGAGAGGCCCCAGCCCAGCAUUCAAGGACAAGGUGACCUUCACCAAGUUGCCCCCUGAGGAGCUGAGCCGCUACGCCAUCCGCUUCCGGCUUUACUCUGUGCGCAAAAUGAUCAAGGAGAGGAUGAUGGGCGAACAGCUCUUUUAUCUUAGCAACCUCAACCAAGAGGGAGAGAUGAAGGUGACAUUGGUUUUGGAGCCAAGAAGCAACUUGUGUAGUGGGGGCUCCCAAAUCAGUCUGUCCGCCAUCUCUCACAGUGACAGCGCUUCUUCAAACCAGUCUCUGUCACAUGGAGGGGUUCCAGAACUACUGGUCGGCUUGUCCUACAAUGCUACAACAGGGCGAUUAUCGGUAGAGAUGAUCAAAGGAAGCCACUUCCGGAACCUUGCAGUGAACAGGCCACCGGAUACCUACGGAAAGCUCUGCCUCCUCAACUCGAUUGGCCAGGAGAUGUCCCGUUGCAAGACGUCUGUCCGCCGAGGACAGCCCAAUCCUGUCUACAAAGAGACUUUCGUCUUUCAGGUUGCCUUGUUUCAGCUGUCAGAUGUCACACUGAUGAUCUCCAUUUACAACCGACGGAGCAUAAAGCGCAAGGAGAUGAUUGGCUGGCUCUCCAUGGGUCAGAACAGUAGUGGAGAAGAGGAGCAGAACCACUGGCACGAGAUGAAAGAAUCCAAAUCUCAGCAGAUUUGCAGGUGGCACACUCUUCUGGAAUCCUAAAGGAAGUCUCGACCAUUCCCGUAUCAUGUGCUAAUUCUCUCUAUCUAAGCCCAAAGCACAGAGGUUGUCUCCCUGACAUUUGACAUAUUAAGGAUCAUCUGUUUACAUCAUCACUGAACUUCCAAUGCUCUUAAUGUCACAAUUAUUGUCUUUUGCACUUUGUUUCCAGUAACGAGUGGGAAUCUCUGCAAAUAAGAGCCAAGUAACGGAUCAAGGGAGAGCAGAAAGAUAGAGUCUGAUCAAUAUUGUAACGUAGCACCAAAUGUCAUUUCAAUUUCUUCAACAUCUAGGAGGUAGAUGUCGCUUUACUCUUGGGAAUUUAGUCACAAAGAUAAAUCUGGUUGUGCUCACAAGAAAAGGGACUGAAAGAUACACAAGGGAAAGUGGGCAUCUUCUGGAAAACACUUCAGCACUUCUUUUGAAAGUCAUUUUUUAAUUCAAAAAUGUCCAUGGGGAGUUGGAAUACUAUUUAUCUAGUUGCAAGAUUUGAAGUGUGGCUUUAAAAAAUCCUAAUGAAAUCAUUACUAAAUAUUUUGUGGUCUGGGUCAGACUAUAUAUUCAAGGCUGUCUUUAGGAAUUGCAAAGUAGACUUGUGAGAAAGUGAGUAAUAGAUUCUUGAUUUGGCCUCUUCUAAUUCUUCCAAUAUGCAGUAGACUCGAUUCUUCUGUCUUCAUAUGUAUAAGAAUUAAACACCUUUAUACAAGAUACAAAAAUAGAGAAAUUCCAUAUAAAUAUUAGGAAGAACGUUCUGAUAGUAAGAGCUGUUCAGCAGUGGAAUAUACAUCCUAGGAAUCCAGUGUAGUCUCCUUCUCUGAAGGUUUCAAAUGUAGGCUGGAUGGCCAUUUGUUGGGGGUGCUUUGUGCUUUCCUGAAUGGUGGAAUGAAGUUGGAUAGAAUGACUUUUGUGGUCUCUAUAAACUCUGUGAUUCUAUGAAUUUGAUUUUUCUUUUAGAAGCUUAGACUCUUCAAAAGAUCAAUUUUGGACUCACACCUUUCUGCAUCUGGCACAUAUGGUGUAAUCACUGUCAUCAUAUGGUGUAAUCACUAGAUGGUGCUGUGCUUGGUUCUGGCCUUUGGGGACAGGGUUUAUGGGCUACCCUAGCAGCACGAGGAAGUAGCUGCACCUGUCUUACACAUGAUUUCAUGCUUGUAUAAUGUGUGGUUGAAGCACUUCAGAGUAGCAGUGCUUUCUUCACCUACACCCACAGUAUUCUUGUGAUUGCCAUGGUGACAUCUCUCUUAGCUUUCUCUGCAGCUGGAGUGUUUUAUUUGGCUACAGGAGAAGUAUAGGCAAUGAUGUAAUGGCCAGUUCACAGAGUAGGAAACAACAUUGCCGUGGGUAAGUAAGAAGAGCAUCGUUUAGAUCUACAAAGGAUGGGAUGCUGUGAGUCCAUGAAACUGGGAAGGAAACUAGGUCCCUUGGUGGGAAGGUCUGCAGGGGCGAUCAAGCAGUCUCUGAAAAAUUGUGCUCAGCCCAGUGGAAGGUGUAGCAUAUUAUAGGUAGAGCUUGGAAGAGUUCUGUUUCUAUUGGACUGCAACUCCUAGAUUUUCCAUAUCCGCAGGACCAUAAUCUGUGUCCCUUUACUUUUCCAAGAUAAGUAUGACAGUGCUAUCUUAUGCCUGCUUCAGCUGAGCAAGGAAUGGUCAUCGCUUUGCAUCUCCAAGAUAUGUGCAGAUGGACUGCCCGUAGCUAUCUUGGCCAAGCAAAAUGCCCAUGUCCCUUUACUCUGCCAAGAUAGAUGUGGCUGGGACAGGGGUGGCUGGACUUUCCACAUCUAUCUUAGUGAAGUGCUCAACUCAGGAUUGAGCCUAGGCAGCCUAGCCGCUCCUGCUUUGGUGGACAUGACCUGUGGUUUUGCAUAUUCAUGGAGGUCAUACUCUAAUUUGUAGAUAAUCAUAGGAACAUAGGGCAUUGCCUUAUAAUACAAAGUCAGACCUUGAAUACUGAGUCCAGUUCUAGGCACCACAAUUCAAAAAGGAUAUGGACAAGCUGAAACGUUUUCAGAGAAGAGCAUCCAAAAUAGUUAUGAGUCUAAAAGCAAAGCCAUGUGAAGAGUGACUUAGGGAUCUGGAUAUGUUUUGUUAGUUUUGGCCAAUUGUCUCUCUCAUCUGUUAAGAAAGCACUACAAGAAAAUAGCCUUCCUCGUUUUUGUUGAAGACAAGUAGACUGCCUCUUUUAAAAUUGAUGUGUAUUAUGAAUCGUGUCGCCAUUAUCAAAACAAUGAAGUAGACUUCUUGCUUCAGAUAGAUCGCUUCUUAUAGGCCAAGAUGUAGGCAGAUAUUUUCUACUGGCUAAAGCUCGUACCUUUAAUUGGCAGGACUGAAGACCAACAGGUUGUAGGUUCGAAUCUGGGGAGAGCGCAGAUGAGCUCCCUCUAUCAGCUCCAGCUCCUCAUGCAGGGACAUGAGAGAAGCCCCCCGCAAGCCCUGCACGGACAUUGCCCCCCCUGGGCAAUGUCCAUGCAGACGGCUAAUUCUCUCCCACCGGAAGCAAUCUGCUGUUUCUCAAGUCAAUCCUGACACAACAAAAAAUUGGCUGGAAUCACUGGGUUGUUGUAAGUUUUUCGGGCUGUAUGGUGAUGUUCCAGAAGCAUUCUCUCCUGACAUUUCACUUGCAUCUAUGGCAGGCAUCCUCAAAGGUUGUGUGUCAUAGAUGCAGGUGAAACGUCAGGAGAGAAUGCUUCUGGAACAUGGCCAUGCAUUCCGAAAAAUUUACAACAACCCAUGUAAAAAAUAAAUCCCAUAUAUGCCCUCCCAAGUGCAUUUUGCUGCAAAUAAUCACAAAGCAACAAGCUGUUGACAUGUAGUUUUGCAAGGCUUUUAGCCUUCUUUGCCAAAAGGGAGCUGAGGCGUCCCCAAACUACAACUCCCAGGGUUUCAUAGCAUUGAGCCAUGGCAGUUAAAGUGGUGUCAAACUGCGUUAAUUCUUCAGUGUAGAUGGGCUUUAGGUAAGCAAAGGGAACAUAUGUUCCACUCCCUUAUCCACCCAAAGGAAUUCUUUUAUAAUUUCCUAAACACAGAAGCACAGAUCAACUGAUUGGAAAGAAUGAAAGCUUGUGUUACUAGAAAUCAUUUCUUCAGGAUUACAUACAACUUUUUAAAAAGCACAGUUUAUAGGCAAUAUCUACAUUUUAGAACAAUCAUUGUUUUCUUCUUGCAUCAGAAUGUUCUUGAUCAAAUGUGUGCAUUGUUUUACUUUUUACUGAUGGAAACAAAAAGUACCUCUCAAUAUUUUUUUUUUUGGAUUUUCAUUUUCUGGGAGCUGCGUCUGAACAUGGAAUAUUAAAUUAAAAACCUUUCUCUUAA